UCCCAAAACUCUUACGGGGGAGGCCGAGUUCCUGAACAUGGGUUCUUUCGGUUCUAAGCUUUUUGAGCCGGUCAAGGUCGCUGCACCUCCCGAGGUCUCCUCCCCCGCCAAGCCCGCGCCCCUCGCUGCACCCGGAGCGCCGACUUCUCCAGAACAAGCCCCCGUAUUUAAUAAUUGCUGGAGCUGUCGCGUACUCUCCGGGUCGGGGCUGAUAGGGGCGGGCGGGUAUGUGUACUGGGUGGCGCGGAAGCCCAUGAAGCUGGGAUACCCCCCGGGUCCAGGGACUAUCACGCAGAUGGUCAUCGGCAUCAGCAUUGCUUGUUGGGGUGUGAUCAUCCUGUCAGACCCCAAGGGGAAGGCUAUCCGUGCUGCUUGAAAGUACCACCAGUGAAUUUGUCAUCUUCUGUCCCUGUCCGCGUGACACACAGAGCAAGCAUGGGGCUUAUGGACAUUCUGGACAGAUAUAUCGACGUUGAUAGACUUCAGUGCUGUGGAUCCUACAAGAUUGAAAAGACAAACAUGAGUUGUCAUUCUUUGGCCAUGAGGGUUUGUAGCUGUCUUCUCAGGCUCCACAGGGAUCAAUAAAUCCCUCAGAGAACAAA